AUGGAAUCUUCACGGUUCUUUGUGGCAAAUUUGCCAACCAAUACCAAGGAAAAGGAUUUGCGCAAUCUCUUUCAAGACUAUGGCGAGAUAAAAAAUAUUGAAUUAAAAACCAAAGAGAAUCUUGUGGAUCCCAGCGAUGUGAAAGUGAUUGCCUUUGUGACGCUGAAUAUUGGGGCCGAUGAUGCUCAAUAUUGUCUCAAGGAUCUCAAUUGGCAAAAAAUCUAUGGCCAACAGAUAAAAGUAUCCCUGGCCAAGGAAUCUUUCUUGGAACGUUUGAAACGGGAACGUGAAGAGGCCAAGGCAGCUAGUGAUGGCAAUCAGUUAAUGACACCUAAACCGGUUGAGGAACAAUCAGAACUUUUGAGUGCUCCCAAAUCGAAUAAACGUAAAAUCUUUGAUGUUGAUGCAGAUUUGGAUGAUGAUGAGGAUAUUCCAGCCGAUUUAAUGAUAACCAAGAAGAGGGCUUCGAAUUCCUUGUAUAAUGGUAAAAUUGUUAUACAACAAAGUGAAGAUGUCCAGCCCAUACAUGUUAUUGAGGCCAAGAAACCGAAGACUAAAAUGGUCAAUACCCAAUUGGAUGAUAAGUCCAUGAGUGCCGAUCAAAAGCGAAAGGAAUCAUUGAAUAAAAUGAAAAAUCAAUAUCAGCAGCAGAAGACGGCUAUACAACAGGCCCUGCAGGGAAUGGAUGCCAGUCAAAAAUCCAAAAAGAUUAAAUUCAGUGAUGCCGAAAGUGAGACGGAAGAAGUGAAACAACCAGUUGAGGCUUCCAAAAAAUCCAAAACCAACAUCUUUGGUUCCGAUGAUGAUGAAGAAGAUGGCACCAAUAUUGAAUUCAAAACCCUGCCCACGGGGAAAAAGGGUGAAAAAUUAGUAAAAAUGCAGGCCCAUCAAAGUUUGGAUCCACGUUUUCGUAUUGAUGCCAAAUUUGUGGAAGAUGAGGAUGAUGACGAUGAAGAGGAAGGCGAGGAUAAAUCAAAUGAAAAACAAUCUGCCCAUAAAGAUGAGGACAACGAAAGAGAUUGGCAAAUGAAUAUUUUGGAACAAGUGGUGGGCACAAAAUUGGAUUCGGGCAAGAAAUCCGACAAGGAUCACAAAAACAAGAAAAUGUUACGUUAUGAUCCCUCCAAGGAUGAACAUCAGAAAUUUGAACGUUCCAAAGAGGAGCAGCAGAGCAAGAAACCCAAACAGACAAAAACAAAAGAAUCCGACCUUGCCACACCUGCUGAAACUCCAGCCCCUGAGGUAUCCAAAGAAGUAUUUUAUGUGGUCAAAGAUAGCCUACAAGAGUCUCUACGUACCCGUGGUGAAGGUUUCAGUUUGCUCAAUAUGUUCGGCCAUAACGAUCACCAUGAGGAACGUGAUGAACAACUCAAACAGUUGGGUAGUGAAAAAAUUUUAGUCAAUAAUAAAUUAGAUAAAAUGUUCAACGCUGCCAGUAAUCCAUUCUCGUAUGAUUCUUCUUCGGAAUCUGAAACGGAAGAGUUGCAGGAACAAGAAAAUUCCCAGGCUAAGGCAAAUGAACCUGUUAGCAACAAAGAUGGAAAGAAAUCGAAAAAUAAAACAAAAAUAUCCGUUGAAUCAUUUUUCAUACCGAAAAAUGAUAAUCGCCUGAAGGAGGGCGCAUCCUUCUUUAUUUACAAGAAAGCUGAUGCUGAUGGUGCUGAAACUGUAGAGAAUUACAUGGAGGUGCGUGAACGUUUGAAGAGAAUUAUUAAAACAAAAAUUGCUAAGACGAAAAAUAGUUUAGCCAAGUCUGGCUAUAAAAUUAAAAAGAAGAUGCAUUGA